CCCGUCAGCGUGGUGCAGAACUUCCAGCCGGCCUUCCAGCAGUUCAUCGUGCCGGGUCUGGGCGGCAUGGUGAUGGCCGCCGACGGCACCGCCGCCCUGCUGCCUGAUGCCGGAGUCCAGCUGCAGGGGGUGCUGCCACCGCAGCCUUUCGCCGGGGCGACCGCGGGCGGUCUGGUCAUUCGAGCGACCGGAGUAGGCCAGGCGGGUGUCGGCGCCCAGGCGGCUGCCGGCAAGUUCUUGUCGCCGGCUCCCCCGCAGUUCCUGGUCAACGGGAAUGCCUUCAGUGGACAGCUCAGCCCACUGGUGGCAGCUGGAGUCAGCCCCACACAGCACCACCAGGUGACGUUCCAGACGACGACACAGCCGCAGGUGAGGCCAGAGUUCCUGCAGUGUGCGACGGUACAGCAGACGCAGGCACAGCAGGCGGGCACAGUGCACGCACAGCACCAGCACCAGCCGCAGCAGCAGGUGCCGCAGUCGCAGGCGCAGCAGUGCAGCGCCACUGUGGUGCAGCACAACACGACGAUAGUGCAGCAGCAGACGACGAUGGUGGCGUCCAGCCGCGGGCAGCUGCAAGUGGCGGGCCAGCAGCAGUCGCAGCCACAGACGGUCACCUUCCAGCCGCGCCCGCCGGCACCUGCCACGAAGCAGUCGGUUUCGACGCAGACGGCGGGAGCGUCGUGCCAGGGUCCGGUGCGCUCGUCGCCCCCCUGUGGGAGCGGCCAGCUGCAGCCGGCUCCCGCACCCACGCUGCUGCUGCUGUCGGGAGGACCGGGCCCGCCCCCGGACACUACGACCCACAGCCCGUCCUCUGGCCCCCAGCCGUCUGCCGCCGACACCACUACGGAAGGCCUGGCGUCGCCCUGCCCCGGACAGGGCGUCGCCGUCGCGUCCUCGAGUGGCACGGACGUAUCUGGCAUGCCCAUGGUGCACUGCGUGUCGUCGAGUAACGAGCAGGAACCUGCUGGGUACCAGGUAACCCCUGGCUCGGCCGCCAAGUACCCUCGCCCCGAUUCGUAUGCCGAGCCGCAGCCGCAGCACUACCGGCAACAGACCCAGCAGAGCGCCGCUACGGGGCGCAGGAAGGCCGCCGACGGACACCGCCACGGCGGCCCAGAGGGAGUCUCAAACUGAACAGCCCACAGGAAAGUGCCAUCCUGCAAGUGAUACCGGACCUGGACCGAAUUUCGCAGAGACGAGUGGCAGACAGUGGAGGGGGCCCGGGUGCCACUGCGCGGUGACCUCU